AUGUGUUAUAGCAACCAUUCGUCAGGCAAGCUGGAGUACAGACAUCUGGAGGACCUUUCGAGAUGGCAAGCCCCUACUCAAAUUCCAAAAACCGCUGAGAAUUGGAGGACUAUUCGGAUGACUCGAGGGCUAUGGAGCAGGAUGGACGAAAAAACUGUGGUGCUUACGUAG